CACUGCAAACAAAAUUGAAAGACUUCGCGGAAAAGUCACUCAGUCACAUGACGACUGUUACAUUAAGUAAUUAUCGAGUCAUUAAUGAUGUGCCUCGGUAGUUGAAAAAAAAUUGUUGACAAUCAUUGAAGGAUCAUUACGUAAAAGGUCAAUAGCUGGCCUUCCCAAAUCAGUCGAGUGGUCCAAAAUAAAUCACCUUGACCGUGAGACAAUUCAGUCUUUGGUGAAAAUUUAUCUCUGGGGUGGACUUUUCACUGAGGUAACAAUAAUUUAUCCUUCAUUACUCAUUGUUGCACGAUUUUCCUGUUGUUGUUCAGCUGAGAAAUGGACAAGUCCAUAUUAUAAUGGCCUUUCACUUGAUGAAAGUAUCUUCAGUCUCUAAUAGCCUUAACCAGUGGCUGUAUCGAACCUGUCAAAUUGCAAUCACACGUGACUUUGUUGAUGCUCCACCAAGGACGAGGGUAGGACCCAUCGACGAAUUGAGGGGUCGAAUAUCCAGAGGGGAACUUGUCGAUGAUGAGCAUCAGAUGAAUAUCGCUCAGAAACUUCAGACUGUUUUUGAUCAUGUGCAUGAUUACAAACCGGAGAAGCCGGGCUUCCUCAGCAAGUGGAUUGGAAAGGGAAAGAGGAGGAGAAAACCUCCUAAGGGAUUGUACCUCUAUGGUGCUGUUGGGGGAGGUAAAACAAUGUUGAUGGAUCUUUUCUAUGAUUGUUGUCAGGUUGAGGACAGGCAGAGGGUUCAUUUUCACUCCUUCAUGCUGGAUGUGCAUAAUAAAAUUCAUCAGGUGAAGAAGACAAUUAAAAGGGAUCACAGCAGUACGAAACUCCAGCCAUUCGAUCCAAUACCUCCAGUGGCUGAGAUGAUAGCCCAGAGGGCGUGGCUCCUCUGUUUCGAUGAGUUUCAGGUAACAGAUGUGGCAGAUGCUAUGAUUCUCAAACGACUAUUUACCUGCCUCUUCGACAAUGGAAUCACUGUAAUAGCCACUAGCAACCGAUCUCCUGACGAUUUAUACAAAAAUGGACUGCAGAGAGGAAAUUUUGUGCCUUUCAUUCAAGUACUUAAAGACCACUCUGUGGUGCAAUCCCUAGACUCUGGAAUUGAUUACAGACUGAUGAGAGCCGGAUCCAGUAAAGAGACCACUUACUUUAUCAAGGGUGAAGAUGCUGAUGACGCGGUUGACAAAGUGUUCAAAUAUUUGUGUUCAAUGGAGAACGAUAUUGUGAGGCCUAAAGUGCUUUCCAUAAAAGGCAGAAAUGUGUCUUUCAAGAAAACCUGUGGACAAGUGAUGGACUCGACGUUUGAGGAGCUGUGCGACAGGCCUCUUGGAGCCAGUGAUUACCUGGAGCUCACCCAGGCAUUUCACACGAUCAUCAUUAGAGAUGUUCCCCACUUAAAUUUGAAGCUCAAGUCACAGGCCAGAAGGUUCAUCACACUGAUCGAUACUCUCUACGACAACAGAGUUAGAGUUGUUAUUUCUGCAGUUGCUCCCCACAACAAAUUAUUUGUCGCCGAGGAAGACGGCGAAUAUACCGACGAAAAACGAAUGUUAAUGGAUGAUCUGGCCAUUUCUGGUGGCUCAGACAAUCACAAGUCUAAUCUGUUCACCGGCGAGGAAGAGCUCUUUGCAUUCGAUCGAACAGUCUCAAGACUUGCUGAAAUGCAAACAAAAGACUACUGGGAUCAAUGGGAGCAUCACAGAUAGUAUGACUGACCGUUAGCCAUGAAAGUGUCACUAAAAUCAGAUUAAUCGAACAAUCUGAUUCGGUUAAUAUUAAUUUAUGUAUUUAUUUGUCAGUGUAGUGACGAAGUAACGAAUUACCUUGUACAUAGGGCUGUAAUAAACAAUUGAAACGAG